GUAUAGCCUUGGUGAACGGACAGUAUAGUUACUUCAAACAUGAAAUGGAAUAAAAUGUCGCAGGUUGUUUCACUCCGAGGCGCCGCGCGAGCGUAACUUCAUCAAUGGUUCUUCACUGAGAAGUGCAGCGUUCCGGCAGUCGUUUCCCGUGUGGGCUUUUACUCGGCAAUAUUUCAGGGUGAGGAGCGACAGCGUCGCAACAUUGUCGGCCAUUCCUCUUCAGCGGUUUCCUCCGUCCGUCGCUUCCCCGUCAACCUGGCCAGAGAAAUGUGCCAGCCCCGCCGCUGCUGCUGUUCUCCGCCACCUUCCCGCGUCUGACUUUCUUUUUGGGUAGAAGAAAAAAAAAAAAAAAACGAAACAAAGGCCUUGCAGGGCUAGAUAGAGAAAGAGAAAGAGAACAAGAGAUAGCACUUCUUCACUUGACUUAACCGCCACCUUACAUCAUGGGUAGGAAAAAGAUUCAGAUUCAGCGGAUCACAGACGAAAGAAACAAGCAGGUGACCUUCACCAAGCGCAAGUUCGGCCUGAUGAAGAAGGCGUACGAACUGAGCGUGCUGUGCGACUGCGAGAUCGCCCUGAUCAUCUUCAACCACGCCAACAAGCUCUUCCAGUACGCCAGCACCGACAUGGACAAGGUGCUUCUCAAAUACACGGAGUACAACGAGCCCCACGAGAGCCGCACCAAUGCCGACAUCAUUGAGACUUUGCGAAAGAAAGGCUUCAACGGUUGCGACAGUCCGGAGCCCGACGGCGAAGACUCCAUCGAUCAGAGCCCCCUGAAUGACGACAAGUUCCGGAAGACCACCGAGGACCUGGACGUUCUCUUCAAGCGCUACGGACAGUCGACGGCGCCACCGCAGACCUUCUCCAUGCCCGUCACCGUGCAGGCGACCAAUCCCAGCCCGCUGCAGUUCAGCAACCCUGGCAAUGCGCUGGUAACUACCUCCUAUGUGACGGCGGCCUCGCUCGCCGACACCCACCUCCUGUCGCCACAGCAACUGGCUCCUCCGAGGAACACCGUGUCUCCCGGGUUGCCACAGCGACCGGCGAGUGCAGGCGCUCUUCUGGGAGGCGACCUGAAUAAUUCAAACGGAGGAUGUCCGAGUCCAGUCCCUAACGGCUACGCCAGCGCCAGGGCCUCGCCGGGCCUCCUCACCGUCUCCAACGGCAACAACCUGGGCAAAGUGGCCCCGGCCAAGUCGCCGCCGCCGCCCCCCGCCAGCCCCCAGAUGGUUAGCAGCCGCAAGCCGGACCUCCGGGUCAUCACCUCUCAGGGCGGGAAGAGCCUCAUGCAGAUGACAGAGGAUGAGCUGGAGUUGGUAAACGAGAACGCCCAGCGGCUGGCAGUCGGUGCCCAGGUGGCUCAGACUCUCACCACACCCGUGGUGUCUGUGGCCACGCCCAGUCUUCUGGCGCAGGGGCUGCCCUUCUCCGCCAUGCCGACGGCGUACAACACAGAGUACCAGCUGACGAGCGCAGACAUCACCGCGCUCCAUGCCCUGGCGUCUCCCGGCGGCUUGCUGCCCACCAGCGUGGCGACGUGGCAGCCGCAGCAGCAGCCCGUCGUCUCGCAGCAACCGCAGCAGCAGACGCAACAGCAGCAGCAGCUCAAUCUGGCCUCGCUCAGCAAUUUGGUCAUGUGGGGCGUGGACAAACAGAGCAGCGAGCUGUCUGGCCAGGUGUCCAGUCUGGCUGCCAAUCUGAGUCUGGCUUCUCCGUCCAACCUGCUCUUGGGUAGAGAUGAGUGGUUGGGCCGGCCCGCGGCGCACAUACCUCAAGGCGCCAUGUUGACGGUCAACACCAGCAGCGGCGUCAGCAUCAAGUCGGAGCCGGUGUCGCCGGGCCGGGACCGCAGCACCCCUUGCCCUCCGCCGGCCCCGCCGCCGCCGCCGCCGUCCUCCGGGGCCACCCUGACGGCGCCGCCGCAGUACCCGGGAUCGCUUCUGUGCCUGGAGCCGCCCACGGGACGCUCGCCCGCCGACAGCGUCAGCAGCAACGCCAGCUCCUUCGAAGGCAGCGACCGCGAGGACACGGGCGGCAGCGGCGGGCCCAACGGCGCCAACGCGGCCGCGGGGAGCGGCGGGCCGGGCCGCGCUGACUUCAGCCCCUCGCCGGAGCAGGAAGGCGGCACCAUCAAGAGAAUGAGACUGGACGCCUGGGUGACAUAAGCGGCGGCCCGCUUUACGCAGGGAGGUUCGGACGACACAAACACAUCACGUCACGUCACGUCGUACACGCCACACGUGAGGACGUUGCAUACAAAUGCCUCACCACGCGCUUUUUACGCAACUUUAGCCUCAACACCAAACACACGCGUGUGUGUACGUUCUCAGACCGUGCAGACAAAAAAAAAAAACGGAGGCGACUGGACUGUUGUCGGGCGCUCACGUUUCACCUUUUGAUCCGAAAGGCCUCUUCUGAAUCUUUCGUCGCUUUCUUCGCUCGUAAAUUGUUGAUUUAUUAUGGAAGGAAUGACAAAAUUUAUCAUGGCUGUUUUUGGGAGGGUGCGGGGGGUUAUCGUCUGUUCAGGGUGCCAUAGCAACAAGACCCUCUGACAUUACAGUUUUAUUGUACUAUAUGCUCUCAUAGUCUGGAAAAAAUGUUGGCCAUUCACCAGCCAUAGCUGGCAACAAUCGCAAAAGUCUGGCAACCAGCUAACCGUGACCAUCGCCGCCAUUUCUACAGACAAGCUAAGCGUUGCUGACGACGUCACCGUCUAGAUAUGUACAGAAGAUCAAACUGUAAGGAAAUCGAUCCGUAUACUCUCGGCAACGACGUACUUUCAAAGGAUCUGAAAGACAUCCCUGAAGUAGAAUAGCCGGACGCGAGAAAUACAAGCUUCCUGCUUACAAAAUGAUCAGAACAGACUUUCGAAUAACCAUCCGCCUUGCGUACCCGAGCUUCGUUCAGAUCUGCAAGCCACUUUUUUUGCCAAUUUUUCGCUCACCCCAUCGUAUCUUUUCCUUCACGCAAUCUAAUGUUUGCAACACGGGGGGGGGGGGGGGGGGCAUUUUGUGUGCGUGCGAUCGACGUAUCUGUCACAUCUAGAUCAUAAAAUUAGUCCAUACUUCAAAACGACAAAACAGCCCGAUUUGGGUGAACUGGGAACCCAAGUAAGAUUUAGAAGACUUUGGGAUUAAGAGGCGAAAGGUCCCCCGCCGCUUGACAAGAGUCCAGCUGCUUCCCUUCCACUUGUUCCUCACCGCCACUCGUCCAGUCCACAUUCAGCGGACCUCACUUCCUGCUUUCCGCGGGUGCCAUUUUGAACCUGUCCAUUUUUCAGCAAGUCCUUCCCACGCUGGAAUUAUUUUUAUUUGGGGGGGGGGGGGGGGUCGAGCCAACCCCGUCUUCGGAAUGCCAAACAAAACACGGGGGACAGAAAACGAGCGGUCGCCACACAGACAUACCGUUGUUGUUUCUUUCUCUGUCGGUACUGAUUCUAAAAAGGUCCGUCACUUUGUUUUAAAAAAACAAAAAAAACUCACACCCCUCCUCGCCGAACCUGAAACCGAUGUCCUCUUUUAACGCACGAGCUAGACCUCCAUCUUAUUUUCCCGCAGUUCCCCCAAAGUGAACGGACAUUUUCUAUAUUUCUACCGCUUCUGUUAGCUUUUUUUGGCUUCAAGUGCGUGUUAUGUACAUAUAUUUGCAUAGACUUUGCUAGCUAGCCCUAAAAAAACACACAAAAAAAAGACAAAAAAAAGUAAACUCUCAGCGGCUCGGUCCACUUAUUAUUAUUAUGAUUAU